AUGACACUUCGAGGCUAUAAUCAAUGUAGCGCUGUCGAUGUGGCCCUGGCGGCGUGCAUCUUGUUUGCCUCAGUUGAAGGCUUGCGUGGCCAUAUCAAGACUUCUCUUAUGCACGUGUAUUCGGGACUUCGAAUAUUGGAGGAGGAAGAGUCUAAGCUGAGCAGGAUUCAAUCUGCGACGUCGUCGCGACACCUGCUACGAAUUGUCUUGCAGCGUCUUGCUUGCCGAGUGUCCGAGGUUGGUCAUCACGAGUUCAUUCCCGAGCAGCAGACAUCACCAAAUGGGAAUGACACGCUUUCUGAUGCCAUUUGCGAGGUUAUUGCCCUUCAGAGCCAAAUUCAGCACCUCUUUCGGCAUCAAGUACUCAGUCUAAUUCCGGAACCAGUCCCUAGAGGUGCUGGCAGUACUCAGGUUCCAAUUUCAGGUAUAUUGAGGCAUUUCAAGGCAGUUUUGGAGGAGAUCAAGGCCAAGUACAGCAACGUUCUGUUCUUGACAAGUCAAGAAUUUAAAUUUAGCCUUGAGAACGAAGCAAUUUUGAGGUUAAAUACAAUGAUCACUAGCAUCGAGAUCAUUUUCAACAUCCAUGAUUCAAUGAACGAGCAGACGCAAGACGCUCUGAUUGAGAGGUUCCGAGAGCAUGGCCAAUGGUCGCAGAUGUAUCUCAAAACGUUCUCUAAGACCAAAGGCAUCACUGAAAAUUCGGAAAUAUGGUCACAGGGAACUGCGACGUCACAAGGGAGAAACACGAGAGGCGCCGGAGGAACAGGCGAAGGAUGUAGCCAAGGCUUCCAAGAUAUCUUACCAAAACCGCCUCCAGGUCUGGCACCGCCGUUGUUCAUGAACCCAGGAGUCGUGCCGUCUCUCUUUAUGGCUGCUGCACGUUGUCCCGACCGUUCCAUCAGAGAAGCCGCCAUCAAACUUCUCAAAACCUGUGAUCGGAGUGAAGGGCCCUGGGAUUCAAAAAUUGCAGCAGAUAUCGGCAGCAAGUUCACCGAACUUGAGAAUUCCACAAUUACUGACAGGUGA